AUGGAGAUUGCACGCCUUUUAUGCCAUUCCGUGCCGCCGUGCGACUUGCGCCGAGGCAUGUGGACCGACGUCGAAGACAGCUACGCGCUCGCGCUCAUUGAUGGCUUCCUCGCCGGCUGCUUUGCGGGCGCGGUCUCGCCCGGCACGUCGCUCCGGUGCUUCCUCGCCAAGCGACUGCGCUGCUCGCCAAUGCGCGUCUCGAAGCGGCUCGCGUUCUACAGCCUCUCAAAGCACGUCCAUUUGCCUCAAAAGGUCGGCAAGCAGCGCUAUACGCUGGAUCGCACGCUGGCGCCCGAGGCCGCGGCGACGAUGCUGCGCCACAUCCAGUACCUCCAGCGCAUCUUUGACCAGACUCAGACGUCGCCAGAUGUGGUCGACGACGACCGGCCACCGCCGUCGCCCGCGUCGCUCCGCGUUGGCAUGUGGCUGCCCCAAGAGCAAGCCCGCGCGUACAACUUGAUUCUAUCGUUUGUGCGCGGCGACUUGCCGCUGGCGCGGGGCACGACACUUCGGUCGUUCCUAGCGGCGGAGCUCCACUGUAGCCCGAUGCGCAUCUCCAAGAAGCUCGCAACGACCGAGCUUGCGGGGCGCAAGCUGCCCAAGCGCAUUGGCUCGGCCUUGUUCAUUCCGCGCGAGCAUCGCAUGCUGCUCAAGCAGCUCAAGAUGGUGUCGCCGUCGUCGGCGUACUUUCUUUCAACGAGCAGUUCCAUGCACGCGUCGCUGUAA